GUGUAGACAGUGGACGGAAGCAGUUGGGUUUCUUGGAACGUCGGAACGUUGGCCUGUGGUUGGAGAUUACUGGCACAAGCAGAAGAAGAAGAAGAGUGAGGUCCUGGAUCAUUCAAGUGUCUUCCAGUGUGUGUGAGUGAGUGUGGCAGUGCAAAUUUUCCUGUGCAAGGUUGGGCCCGUUUUAGAGGAAAAAUUUAGAUUUUCUGUAGUUAUUGGAGAAGAUUUACUGGGAUAAUGGUCAUUGAAGAUCAAGUGAUGGGUGCAAAAGUGGAUUUCCAUCGCUGAAAGAUGCUGUACGAGAGAUGAAAAAACGGUUUCUUCGCUCAGCUAACACCCAUUUGUAGGGCCAUAUUCUGUGCUGCUGAAAAAAGUAAAUUGAAUUAAAGCGAUCUCAGGAAAGGUCAUGAAAUUGAGCCCUCAAGUGUUAUUUCUACGUGUUUUUGAAAAUUUUCAGAGUGAAUCUUUCAAAAGUGAAGUUAAGCACACAAAAAAACCCAACAUUGAAGCACACCUCAAAUGAGCAAGUUUAGCUUGGGUCCCAAAGUGAGAUAAUGGAAGCCCGCAGCAUUCUCAUGAAAAGUGUGUGAAAAUUCCCGUCGCCGACCCUGGCGUGAACCACUUGAACUUUGCAUCCCAAGAGGUGCAGAAAGAAAAAGAAGAAGAACACAUCGAAAUAGCGACUUUUCCACACCUUUUCGGAAACGGCGACACCAAAAGAAGCAACUCAAAAAUAAAAGAGAAAAAUUUUCGCACCAAAUACCUCGGUGAGAGCGAGAAAAAUCGGGAAAAAUUACCUCCAGAAUCAAGCGCAACAUCUUCAGAAUGGCCCCAGGCCAUUACUUCUGGGCAAUAUUCUACUUUGCCUGUCUGUGCAGCGCGUCACUAGCUAACAACGCCAAGGUAAACUUCCGCGAGAAGGAGAAGAAGAUCCUCGAUCAGAUCCUCGGUGCCGGUAAAUAUGACGCCCGAAUUCGACCGUCGGGCAUCAACGGAACAGACCUCGAGGCUACACAAGUGUUCGUCAACAUGUUCCUUAGAUCGAUCUCGAAAAUCGACGAUUACAAAAUGGAGUACAGCGUGCAGCUAACAUUCCGAGAGCAGUGGCUGGACGAGCGGCUCAAGUUCGACGAUAUCGGAGGCCGUCUCAAGUACCUGACGUUGACCGAGGCGAACCGCGUCUGGAUGCCGGAUCUGUUCUUCUCGAACGAAAAGGAGGGCCACUUUCACAACAUCAUCAUGCCGAACGUGUACAUCCGCAUCUUCCCGUACGGGUCCGUCCUGUACAGUAUACGAAUCUCGCUGACGUUGGCCUGCCCGAUGAACCUGAAGCUGUACCCGCUGGAUCGGCAGGUCUGCUCGCUGCGGAUGGCUAGCUACGGUUGGACCACCGCCGAUUUGGUGUUCCUGUGGAAGGAAGGCGACCCGGUGCAAGUUGUGAAAAACUUACACCUACCACGCUUCACGCUGGAGAAGUUCCUCACGGAUUACUGCAACAGCAAGACGAACACUGGUGAAUACAGUUGCUUGAAGGUGGACCUGCUGUUCAAGCGCGAGUUCUCGUACUACCUGAUCCAGAUCUACAUUCCGUGCUGCAUGUUGGUCAUCGUGUCCUGGGUGUCGUUCUGGCUGGAUCAGGGUGCCGUACCGGCUCGGGUAUCGCUUGGGGUUACCACACUGCUGACCAUGGCCACGCAAACGUCCGGUAUCAACGCGUCUCUGCCGCCGGUGUCGUACACCAAGGCCAUCGACGUGUGGACCGGCGUCUGUUUGACGUUCGUGUUUGGGGCACUGCUAGAGUUCGCCCUGGUCAACUAUGCUUCCCGUUCAGCGGACCGGGCUGCAGAUAUGCACCGGGAGAACAUGAAGAAGAAGCGGCGCGAGCUGGAGCAGGCCAGCCUGGACGCGGCGUCCGACCUGCUCGACACGGACAGCAACGCCACCUUUGCGAUGAAGCCCCUGGUGCGCCACCCGGGCGAUCCAUUGGCGCUUGAAAAGUUACGACAGUGCGAGGUGCAUAUGCAGGCCCCGAAGCGGCCCAACUGCUGCCGAAGUUGGCUGGCCAAGUUCCCCACCAGCCCAUUAAAGAAGGUUCCAUGCUUCGGACGGGGAAAAUGCUCGCGGUCGAAACGCAUCGACGUCAUCUCCCGGAUAACGUUCCCGCUCGUGUUUGCCCUGUUCAAUCUGGUCUACUGGAGCACCUACCUCUUCCGGGAAGAGGAGGAGGAGUAGGCGCUGUCAGAGGAUGACAUUUAUUAUGCUAUUAUUGAAGGAACAUCAAAUAUGAGAAACUAUGUAGUCAUAACGUUAGUAGUGCUAGGGAUAGUGCGAGAGAGGCGAAGCAAAAUCCAUCAGUGAAAUUAAUUUCGAAGUAGUUUGUACGAAAAAUCAAGAAAGGGGUAGCAAAAAAAAAAGUUUUAACACAGUAUAACACACUAUGCAAAUUACAGCGUAACCAGACGUUAAAAAUAAUCUGUUGUCGAACCCACACAAGAAAAAUACUGCUCAACAAAUUAACAAAAACACAACCACACACAUAUGAGAAAUAAUCAAACCGAAACAUUUUUUAAAACAAUAACAACAACAACCAAACACAGAUCUCAUGCUCAAUCAGACUCACACACAUCUCUAGAUUAUCUCGCACUUUCAUCUUCUGCUGAACUUUUAUCCGCCAAACGAAUAGCAAAAAUCAUCGGACAUUCUCGAAUUAUGUGUCUAUGUCACUGUGAAAAAAACAAACAAACAAAUGUGCGUGUGUAACAACGUGUUUACAGCACACACACACACAUACAAUCACUCACUCUUAUACGAAUACGCAAAAACAAAUCAGAUUUAUAAAUGAAGCUUACGUAGUAAGCCGUGGUUGUUGAGUUACGUAAUUAAUAAAAAUGCAUAGCAAACAGUACAAUUUUUGUUUUGCCGAACAAAAAAAAAUACAGUCAAACAAUAGUCAAAGCAGGCCAGGAAAAAGUAAUAAACAAACACACACACACACACAAACAUAUUAUAAUUGUCUAUACUGGUAAUCGUUCUACACUGUACGAAAUUGCACACACAAACAAAAUAUACACAUGCAAGACAUAAGUUGAACACACGGAAUGGGUGGAAAUGUGUACCUUACUGUUUUCCCAAAUGGAUGUUUUCCUAGGUAUUGUUUAGCGAGUUUCCCGAAUACACAAAAAAAAACAACAAAAUUAAUAAUUUUAUUAUGUUUCAACAUCCAAAAGUUGAAAAGUUAAAAACCAGUACAAUUUAAAGUCUUUUUGAUAAAAUACUAAAUAGAGGUGGGCAGAAUUGACCGAUUCUUAGCGAAGCUACACCAAAAUGUCACAUUUUUCAAUUUUUAAUAUGAAAAAAAUCAUUUUUAUUAUGAUGCAAUAAUUGCAAUGUGCUUUAAAUGCGUUUUCUUACCUUAAAAGCCAAGAAUAUUGACCAAAUGUGGUCUGCAAGCCAUUGAACGGGAGAGGAGUUUUUUCAUAAAUCUGCUCCUUUCGUUGUCCCGUCACGAAAAGAAAUGGCUGGCAAAAACUCAAAUUUCAACAAAUUCUUUCAGUUCAAGGAGCAAAAGAUUCGUUUUUUUAAUUUGUGAUAAUGUGUAGAAGAGCAAGAGUUUUUAAAAAUCAAACUGGCAAAACUGUAGCGAUUUUUGUAGUGUGCCUUUUAAAAGUCCAGUUUUACGAUGUUGUCCCGUCACGCUACAUUUUUAUUUCAGGAGAAGCACAGGUACUAUAUGGUUAAUUCUGCAUGAUAUUUCUUUUUACGAAAAUCAAUUAUCUAUCCAAAUAUGUUAUAACAUUGGGGGGUUUCUUCUUUUAUUUUGCCACUACAGCCAAAACGCUGAAAAAAACAUGGAUUUUUUUUUAAAAGGACCCGAAGAAUCGGUCAAUUGCUCUUUUUCAUGAGCUGCUCGAAACGAGAGCGGCUCUUUCGAACGGCUCUUUGGCACUUUUUCAAAAAUAUUGAUAUAAAGUCGUCUUUCAAACAUGGCUUUUGAAUAUUACGUGAUCAAAUUAUUUCAAGAUUUCCUAACAUGUUUUCUUUAUAUGAGUUUUGAAAAUUUAUUAAGGCUUGAAAACUCUUUUUUAAAUACAUCGAUAUUUUUUUUAAUAAAAAAUAAAUCAGAGCAUUUCAUGUCAAAUUAUUAAUACUGAAUAAUUUAAUAUUCCAUUGUUUAUUAAAUCAAAUCACAAAUAAAAUUAAAAGAGCAUUCAUAAUAACAUUUAAGAUUGAAUAUUCAAUACAUGCAUUUCCAGUGAUGAAAAAACAAAUUUAAUUUGUCAAAUUGUUGGAAGUUUGGUGAAAAUUUAAUGCAUUUUCUACUAAUAUAAGUUCGUUUAUGAUGAUAUCUUUCAGUCUAAGAGCGUUCUUUCAAAAAAGCGAAGUUUCAAAAUGGCGGCUCUUUUUGUGAACCGUGGCUCGUUCGCUUAUUCUAGUGAGCCCGCUCGCUCAUUUUUGCCCACCUCUAGUUCUAAACAAAUGACAAAAAUAACCAAAGUGUCGGUCGAAAAGAAAACGGCAUUGCAGUGCACCAUGGAAAAUUGAAAUGAAUUAAAAUUCAAUUUUCAGAUUUUUUAUUCAUUGAAAAAUGACAAUAGUGCAAAAGCUAAAAUAAAAAUUAAAAAAUUUGGAAAAAAAACCUAAAAUAAAAAUAAACAGAAUCUGGUCUAACAUCAAAUUGAUAAAAUUUGUUAUGAGCAAUAAACCUUCUCACUUUUCCACAUACGACAAUUUUAAGAUUUGCUAUAAAUUCACAGUAAUAAGGCCGAUUCACUGAAAUUUUAAAGUAUCCAAAGCAACUUUCAUGCAAGUUUAGUUUAGGGAUUUUUUUAAUCAUCUUUGUCUCUUUGAAGAAUCUGAGCCAAGAUUUACAUAAAAGGACAAUAUUUCAUAGAAAAAUGGAAUAUAUAAAUAUUUUGAAAAGCAGCAUGAGAACUAGAGGUGGGCAAAACCGCUCUUUUUAGGAGACGCUCAUUUUCGUUCGCUCAUUAAAAAGAACCGCUCUUUUGAACGGCUCUUUUGCUCUUUUUCAAAGUUUGGAUAAAAAGGGUUUUUUUAAAGGAUCGAGUGAUUUUAUAAGUUUUUUCACAUUGGACUUUUAUAAAUUAUUUGAUAAAACAAAUUAAAACUGAAAACGAGAUGAUGCCCUUGGAAACCAUAGGUCUUGUGGUCUCUUUGUCAAGAUUUCUACUCAAACCUAAACAUUCGAGUAAUUGAAUGGCAUCCAAACUUAAAACUAGGAUGCUGGAAAAAUGGUUUUUAAUUGUGUUUAUUUCUGCAAGAAUUGAACUUAUGCUGAUGUUUUAUUUGGAGAAAAUAUUCUGUGAAAUCUUUUCUACAUUCUGAUUUAAUCGAUAAAGUCUAUAAACGCUAAAGUUUAAUCGGACAAAAGAGUUUUUUUUUUUUUUCAAAAAUCUCUAAACUAUUCAGUAGAUUUUUGGUGAUAUUUUACAAAUUAUGCAAUUUGAAAUGCUCAAAUUCGUAUUCUGGUAAUACUUUAGUGUACAAUCAAUUGUACAAUGAUUUUUUUUUCGUUUUGUUUAGACAAUCAUUUACAUUUGAGAUACAUUUUUUUAAGCAUUGAAAUGUUUGAAAUUGCAUUUCCAAUUCUAAAAAACAAAUUUAAUACUAUUUUUUUGGAAAUUCAAUAAAUUAUAUUUAUAAUUUAAAUCAAGCCAUCUUGAAACGGUUCUUUUAAAAGACCAAAAGUUAAAAAGAACCGCGGUUCUUUUUUUCUGAGCCACGGUUCGUUCGUUCUUUUCAGUGAACCGGCUCUUUGAGCGGCUCGCUCUUUUUUUGCCCAUCUCUAAAUGAGAACGGAAUUACCAAUCGAUUUGGUGUCUUCGGCAUUCUUAGAGGUACUGAUGGAAGGGUUCAGGAAUAAACAUUGUGACUUUGAUCAUUUUUAAGAUGUGUUUGAAACACUACUUUUGAGCAAUGUUCCAGCAAGACCCAAAAAUAAUUGGCAGUUUUGUCAUUUUUUGAUUAAAAAAAAUGAUAAUUUGAAAACAUCCCAAACAAAAUUGAAAAAAGACUUAUUUCCAGACGUAAAAUUGAAUUUGCAAAAAAAUAAUUAAGAAUUACAUCGUUUUUGAGAUAAUUUUACAAAAUGUUCAGAAUGUUCCGAUGUCCUUUCACGUUGAAUAUUGAACCUCUGAAAGAAAGAGAAAAGGGAACCUGAAAAUGAUAGAUUUUGAUUAUUUCUAAUCCAACGGGAUAUUCUAGUAAUUUCAAAUUAAAAAGUACCUGCCGCAUUUUUUUCUUUGGUCAUAAUAAAGAGCCUAGAUGGAGGGGCGAAAUGUUACUCUCAUUCCAGCUGCCAAACAGUGUUCCAAUCGAGCGUCAAGACCUUGCGAGGAUGAGGUUGAAAUACCUUUCAAUUACCUAAGUUGCAUUUUACUGCCUGUUUUGUGAAUUUUAUGAUAUUCCAUCAGAAUUUCCAAAAUUGUUAUGAUGAACAAAUUUUUAGAAAAAAAAAAUUAAGUCACCGAUAAUUCAAAACGGAAAAUUUUGCCUGAACUUCAAUGCUACUAAUUGUUAUGUUUUGGUACUAUUGGUACACAGUGAGUUUGAAGAGAAUUAGUCGAAAAUUUCCAGUCAUUGUCUGGUUCAUGUUAUCACUUGAAAUUAAACACAACGGAAACGGUUUGUGGCAGAAUCUCUAAUCUAAACUGUUUAUUUUCAAUUGAGACAGAACAAAUUAUGCGAUUUCUAAUAAACCUUUUAAAACACCAAGAACGACUGAUAUUUAUUUCAGCACAUUAUUUCGUCCAUAAGCAUACAAGUAAAGGUACACUAACGACAUAAACUGCUUGCUCUACAACUAUUUUUCAUUUUUGUAGUUUUUUUAAAGGCCCAAUACACAACAUUUCUAUUUUUUGCUUUUUGGGUGCUUUUAAAACCGCCUUGAGGUAUUCAAAGACGCUCAAAAAGCAAAAAAAAAUCUAAAUUUGUUUAUUGGACCUUUUGAGAACAAAAAACUCCAGAAUUGCAUCAAGCUUCCGAUAACCCCUAGAAUUCCCCUUAGAAUUUUCAAGCCCAAAUCAUCGAGUAGGCCAACUGUGUUUCAACGAAAUAUCGGAUUCAAUGCAACCUUACACUACCGUCUUACAACAACUCUCUAGCGCUGCGGCAAUGAUGUUUGGCGCGUGUGUCAUCAAUUUUAUACUGCAAAUCAGAAUAAAAACCUAAAAUUCACACACACUAACUCUAAGCAUCUGUGGAUGAUCAGCUAGAUCGUGUAUGAUUUGUAUUACAAGUUUAGCUAACAAAAAAAUAAAAAAUAACAUAAAAACGUUUAAAAUACAGGGUUACAAACGCGUUACAAGUGAAAGAGAAACGUUGUAAAAAUAGAGCAGAGACAGGUGAUGGUAUAAAUAAUAUGAAAACAUUGAGUAGUGUUACAGUUUGAGCAUUAUCGUACUCAACAAAAAAACGUCACGAAGGUGCUGAGAAAGAAUCUUUCCCCUCAACAAUCGUUUUGUUUUGAAUGCAUUUAAACCUCCGCCACGCGUUGUGGCGAAAUUUUUAUACAAACUAGCGUUUUCAAGCGACAGAAAAAAAAACAACGUAUUUUCACUCACAGAUUGCUUUUCUUUAAAACGCCAGUUUUUAACAAAACAAACAAGCAGUAGGCUGUGAGCAACUUCUGGUUGGACACUUAAACAUUUUGAAGGUUAUGUUUGAUUGGGAUUAAAUUUCACGGCGGAAACUAAACUAAAGAUGCUGCCAAUCAAAUUUAGAGAUGAUUUCCUUAAAAAAAAAGUUUUCUGCUCCAAAUUUGGUUUGAUUAAGUCCCCGAGUAUCAACUCAGCAGUUUAGGUAAAUGUUGUGAGUGUAAAUUAAAAAUGAGAAUUUAGUCCGGGAAAAUACUCAAACAACAUCCCCCCAAGAGUUUAACAUAAAUCGAUAACCAUAUUAUUUGGUAGUGAAUGUUGAUACCGUUAAAAUCAUACGAUCAAUCAACAA